AUGUCUACUACUCGAUUCUUCUUCCUUGUUCCGCUGCUUGUAACCUUGGUACUGGCUUAUGCUUCACUGGUAACAGGUGUUUUGAACCCCAUUGACAAGAUGUACUACGACAUGGCCAAACAAAAGUACGAAGAUGCGCACAACGUCUGGCCCAUGACGAGAGUGAAAAGCUUCAAGGCUGAUCCUCAACGCGAAUGGCGCGAUGGUACGAUGAGAGAACGCUGGAUUGAAAGAGCCCAACGAGACGGCGUCAUCAAGAUUGGCUCAUACUCCAACCCGCUCAACUUUGGGCGCAAGGUUACAUACUUCAGCACACCCAUUCAGUCAAGAGGCGCCGGAGACCAGCUUGCCCGCGAAAUGAUGCUUGAAAACAACCGCAUGGACUACGAGGCUCUCAUCUUUUGGAGACACGAGAAUGGAGUAUCCAAACCGCUCAAGAUCGAUUAUGUCAGAAAUCUAGGAGCCAACUAUCAGCUGACUCCAUUCAACGAGGUCCUUGGGAAGGGGGCAUCCCGAAUUCGACCAAUCUAG